GAUGAACUUGAGCAGCUGACCGGGAAACAGUUGAUCCUUGCGGGCUAAAUUUAUCCAGUGUUGACGGUCCGGAGGAGGAAGAAGACGCAGUUUAUUCUAAAGAAGCACUCAGAGUGGAUCAGUGACCGGGCGGCGAUCAUGGCUGAGCCCGCAGGGAAGAGGUUAAAGAGCGGCCUGCCGCUGUGCACCGCGCACCGGAGCUCCGCGGGCAGCCGGGCCAGACACAACCUGCAGGCCGCCGUGGAGGAGGCUCUGUGCGGGGUGAGCAGCCUGCUGUGGGACGGAGCGUACCGGCUGCAGGCUCUGGCCAGUGUGUUUGAGCGGGACGACGUCGCUCUCCCCCGCGUCGCCUCUUUCUUCCACCAGGAGGCGCUGAAGCAGGAGGAGGAGGCCGAGGCCAUGCUGGGGUAUCUGGCUGAGCGAGGGGGUAACUACUGCGGCAGGGACAUCCAGAAGCCGGGUUGCGAGGCGGUCUGCGCGGUGUUACCGGCUCUGGAGCUGCUGCUGCUCCAGCUGAAGGAGGAGGCCGGCGUCCUGGUGGAGCUGAACCAGCUGGCUCGCACCAACGGCGACCCGCACACCGCCAGCGUCGUGAAGAGCCGCUUCCUGACGCCGCGGGUGGACCGCCUCAAACUGCUGGGAGACCUGGUCACCAGCGCCCGGCGGGUGGGCUGCACCAACGACCACACGGGGGGGUUCGGGGAGUACAUCCUCAAUGAGCUGCAGGAGGAGCUCACCGGAUGAUCAAUCAGAUCAAUAAGAUUGGAAAUGUCUGAGAACAAAAGUUAAAUUUGCUCCGUGAAAGAGAGCCGGGGUGCAUUUUGUAGCCUAGCUUAGCACAAACACUGAGCCAAGCUCCAUCAAAAGAACAGAAGCAACUUCAAACAACUCCAAAGCUUUUCUCCAUGUGAUGCUUUAAUCUAAUGACCUAGCAUUCGAAGCAGCUAACUAACAAAGUGCCUUGUUGUUUAUUUUAUUGGUUGUGUGUUUAAGUAGCUUAGCACGAAGACUGCACGUAGGGGGAAACUUCCAACCACGUCUCCACCAAACCGAAAAGAAAAUCCAACCAAAGUUCAGCACGGACGUCAAAUCUGGCAGCCGACAGAUAAAACAGCUCGAAUGCUAACCGUUGUAAACAGCAAAUAAAUCAGAAACCCUAAACUCUACUUUAAUGUGAAUUAAAUGUUUGUUUGUAAUAAAAUUAUAUUUUUCUGAACAUAUUUUUCUACAAAACUGAGCCGGUGUAAUUUUUAAUUAUCACGUAUAUAAACAAACCAAAGAAGCGCUAAUGUUCAAUAACCAGUUGAUUUAGAAACUUUAUAAACUAAAUGAAUUAAAAACGAUGUUUGUUUGAGACGUUGAGACGUUGUUCGUGUGCUGCUACGCUUUGUCUUCUGUUUGUAAACUCGUGUAUUCAAACAUAUGAGUGUGAUUUUAUUUUAUAUUAUUUAUUCACCGCGUGUUCAGUAUUUAAUCUUAUAUUUUUUGUUUUGUGACUUUUAUUGUGACAGUCUCACUACGGAGGCCACGAGGUGUUUGACAGUUGUACGUUUAUUUUCAGAUGUUUGUUGUUAUAAGUUUGUGUUUGUUGUGUAUUAUGUAAUAAAGUUACCUUUGUUUUAAAUGUUUAUAAAGUCCAGAAAUAAUAAAAAUAAAGUUAAAGAAC